CACCCGCUCCCGCAACAUAAAGCCCAGCGGUUUCCUUUCACAAGGAACAUGGCGUCUUUAAAGUGACACUGGUGUCUGUCGUAAAUUACCAUUUCCGAUGUGAGUUUUCUCGUGUUUUAGAGGUUUUUAGGCUGAAUCUUCCCUGCCAUGUGCCGCAAUUGUGCUUUACCUGAAUGGGGGGAGCCUAUAAAAGUUCCUGUUGGAGAACUUCCGCAGUUUUUCGCCAAGCAAAUCAGCUGGAACUUUGAGAGGCUAAACUACGGUGGAGGUGCUAUUAUGGAAACUGUUUCUGGCCGGCCAGAGCGUCCUUCAGUAACCGGACGGCUUGGCUGUAGAUUGAGGGAAGGCAUACAGCCUCCGACUAGAGGGAAACGUACUGAAAGAUACCUUCUUGUGAGCGAAUGUUUGUAUUGUCCCGGCAAAAGGUAUGGAUGCACUCCUAGGGCCAACUGUACGGGGAAGCGUCGGAAUUGCUACGCGAUGUGCAAAGUUACAGUGUAUGCCGAUGUGCCUGAUGUUGCUGAAGUUUCUUUCUCGGGUAGCCAUGGAAGUGGGAAUGUCACAGAUCCUUCUUUACACAGAUCUCCACAUGACCCUAAAAGAAGACGGCUUGCCGAAGACGAUUCCAUCGAUCAAACACAGGUAAGGUCACUAGGAUAUUUUAACCAAGGCGGACAAGGCUGAUGAAUUGAUGUACAUUUAUGCUUCAGUCAUUUGAAUCUCCCCACCCCCUCCCCUCUUUAGUUGGCUCCUGUGUCAAAUAAUUGGUGCAUUCCUUCUCAAUUCCUACACAUAAAAUGCAUCAUGGGAAUGACAAGCAAGUUUAUAAAAUGUAAUUAACCCUUGGUUGGGUAAAAAUUCCUUCAUGGUGAUUGGCUGAGAUGAGAAAGCUGAAAAGGAAUGUUAUUCUGAGACAAGGAGGUAUUUGUUGGAUGUGGAAUUAUAACAUUAAAAAAAAGAACUAGCAUUUCUAUGAUGUGCUAUUUUCCUUCUAAUAGUAGUUUUAUUUUAUCCUUAUUCUUUGUGUGCCUCAGAGAUGGAAAGAAAGUGAUCGGCCAACAAUGGUAGAGUCUCUCAGUUCUGAUGGACCUAACCUCAACCAUCCAAGUACAGAUGUGGUAACAGUUGAUGUUGGGCAAAAUGUUAUAUCCACAGGAAGUAAUGUAGAUGUGGUAAACCCCCAUAACAAUUCAAGUUCACCAGAAAUUGUGCUUUGGACCUCAUCAGCUGGAGAACACCCCGGUAGUCAUCAAACUAGUGCCAGUUGGGCAAAUAGUAAUGGUUCCUCAAGUAGUGGACAAAGCACACCCAGUACGCCACUUAAUACACCAUUAUCUGUACCAGGAUUAACUCUUCAAUCUCCUACACAUACUAAUGCCAGAGGGGCUCCACCCAAGGUGCCUGGAUUAAAUUCACAAUCAAUUAGAGUCUGUCCAGGGCCAAAGAGCAGUAUAGGACAGCCCCUGUCUCCAUCAUGGAGAACAGAGGCAAAGUUUUCAGCAUCAAAGAUGCGUGUAAAUCAAGUAAGUAAAGAUUGGAGCAAUAAAAACAUUUAUUUUGCAUUUUAAUGAUAAUUUGAGAGAUCAGAUGGUGGUUAAGAUCUCAUUCAACUGCAAAUUUUCUGUUCACAGCAGCACCAUGACACAAAUCAAGAAAUCCUUACAUUAAAGCAACAUAUUCUCAUACUUCAGCAAGAACAUUUAAGCAAAAUCUCUCGCAUAGCUGAACUGGAAGCUGAGCUUCAAAGCAUUAAGGUUAACAGAUCUUCAUUUAUAUCUUUCUUGUGGUAUUUUUCUGUUGUUUGAUCGAUAAAAAGUAUUUAUGGUAACUUGUUGUGAAUAUCUUUUUUUCGGCGUAGUCUAAAAUGUUGUUAUCAGUAAACUGAAAUCUGCAAUUGUUUUUUCUUAGGAAAAUGAACUUUCCAGACUAGAGGUCCAAUUGCAAAGAUUGGAGAAGGAAAACCUGAAAAAAGAUGUUAGGAUUCUCCAGCUUGAGAAACAAUUGCAAGCAGCUGUAUUCUCUAGAGCAAAAGUGAGAAGAUUCAUGUUCAAAUUAGCACAUGGUGUUGAUGAAAAAAAUAAUACAUUGUUGCUAAUGAACAUUGUUUAACUUAUUUUGUUGGUGUGUGAUACCAAUUUUCAAAAGGGGAAACAUAUUGUAAGUUCUUUAGUGGUAAUGGAAGAUAUUGUAGCUGGGUUCAAGCCUUGACUGUGUUUAUUGUGAAGUGUUCUUGGAAUAGACAAUUGACCCUUUGAAUCCAAAGAGUCACUAACAUUUAAUUUAUCCAUAUAAUAUUGUCCUUGAAUCACACAUUAAGGUUAUGAGAAUUAAGGAAAUGAUCACUGACCAAAGAAAUUCCUGACAAAUUCUCCUUGUCAGCUCUUUAGGAAAUGUAGGUAAAACAGUAUGGAGAAUAUUGAUACUUGACUGUGAAUAUAUGAAAAUCAUAUAUGUGGGCUGCAGAUAAAGACGUGAAUAUGAAAGUGAUCUUUGCAGUGAUGAACACUACUUGAGCAGCAGCAAAAAUAAGGCCUGAAAAAAAAUCAGGCCUGUACAGGAUUUGAACCCAUGACCUCUGCAAUACCUGUGCAGUGUUCUACCAACUGCCCUAGCCAAUUGGGAGCUGGGACCAGCUCCCAGUUGGCUUGCUAGCUCAUAUUCAAAUACAGACACUGCUAUCAGGAUGAAAAGGAUUACCUCUCACAGAGUCUCUCUACAUUGUGGAAUAUUUAUGGCUGGCAACAAAGUUUUUAUUAGAAAACUCUUCCCAUUGUGGAAUAGUAGCUAAUCUACUUUCCUCUCUGCCACAGAAACUGGGAUACAUUCCUCUAAAUUACCCUUCCAGUGUUGCUGCUGUAAAGAGGAUUUUGAGGGAUGAUUGAUUUUGAGGCAUCUUCUAUCCUUUUUCUUGUUCAUAGAUGCCGUCAAACUCAGUGGCAGUCCCUGUGCAGCAUCAGUCAGUUUCAGAUGGUGUCCCUUCACGUGUGCAUGUCGGUAAAUCCAAUGAUGCCACAACAUCUCAUGUGGUGGGUGAGAAAAGUGGUGAUGAAGUGGAGGGAAAAAAAGAUCAGGAAGAGAAAGAAAUGGACAAGGAAGAUGAUAUUGGAGAUGACGAUGCACAUAGUGUAGAAGAAGUAUAGACUUAUGUUAUUUAGUGUAAAUAAACAAAACACAGUUACUAGUUUGAUACAUCUGUGCAGUUUAUAGAACCAUGAGAUGCAUUUAUCAUACUCUGUUUUUAUGUUACCAAAAUGUAGUAUUAGCUUUCAUGCAUCAAUACUUUAGAUUGUGAACAGUUCCUCUCAAUUUUGCACAAAUGCUGCGUACAUUGCAUGUAGAAUUGUAAAUGGAACCACCACAAUCUUAGAUUAUAUGACAUUAGAAUUAUGGGAAGGGGGGGAAGGUCAAACAACUACUGGUAUGGGAGCUCAGGGUAAGGAAUAGACUAGAGAUGAUGUCCCCCUCACACUUACCCAGUUUUGUGCUAUUGGUGUAGACAGUCUUGUAUCGCAUUGUAUUUUUAUAUGUUUCAUACAUUGUACAUUGCUCUUUCAAAAGAGAAAUUAACAACAUUCAUUUUAAACAUAAAUUUUUUAGGAUGUUAAUGUUUUUUUUUUGUUUGCUUAUAUUUAUUUAACAAGUAUUUUGCGUAGCAGGACAUUCCUGAAAAUAAAUAGCUAACAAGGUGUUACAUUUAAACUUAAGGCUUAUGCUGGAUGUGCUUGAAACCUGAAGGCAUUUCAAAUUCAAAUUUGAGAGCUAUUACUGUGUUAUAUGUUUGGACUGUAGAAGAAUUGAAUUUGGUUAAAAACUUUGAUCAGAAGGCUCUCAAGCAAUUGGCAUGAAAUUUCCAAUUGUGAAGGAGAGGAUGAAAAGAAUAUAUUGUCUCAUACAUGUGGCAGCAUGAGAGCAGCCUUCAAGAAACAAAAUAGCUUUCUAUUUUGUUUCACUAUACACAUAGGAAACUUUGUCAAUUGAUCUUUCCAUCCUGAAAUUUUUUAAAUUAAUAAUUAUACAAUGCCAUCUCUUCAAAAAUUGGAGAGCAUUAUACCAACAACAUAUACAAAUUUCUGUUCUGGGCAUGGUGUUGGAUUUUAAAAUUUUUCCUAGCAUUUGUCAAAAGCGAAGAAAAGUAACUUUUCAUUUGCUAGCAAUUUGCACUAAUUCAAAAUAAUGUUUUACCUCAAUAUUUUUCAAAAAUGUUGGAUAUAUACCCCACCACUUUGCAGCAUGACAAAUAUCAACCACUAAUUACCUCCACUUUGGUGAAUAAUUGUUAAUUAUUGCAAGUUAAUUUGACACUGUCUUAAUUGUAACAGGCUGAACUGACCUCCAUCUUAAAAAAAAAAAGGUAAAAAUGGAAAAAAAAAAACAAAAACAAAAACAAAAACAAAAGGUUACUGUAUAAAUUAAAUAUGUUUAUACUCUAUAUGUACUUACCCAUCAGUUUUAACAAAGCUGCGUUUAGUACUUAUUGUUUAUUUCUCAGCUAUAAUGGUUACUGUUACUUGUGGGCUAUUCAGGGAGUGCUCUAGCCUUAGUCAGUUAGAGAAUUGCAAAUAAAUUAUUAUGAGAUAUCUAAUAGUUAAGUUUUAACCAAAUUGUUAUUGAUGAUUUUAUUUUGACUGUAUUUUUGAAAUUGUUUUUACCUAUAGUGUACAUGUAUGCUAAGGUUUGCAUAAAAACCUGUCACAUUUAACACAAAAAAAAAAUGAUUUUUUUUUUUACUCUUUAUCUGAUCAGACUAUUUAUCAUUUACUUGUAGCAGGUAUUGAAUUAUUAGUUAAAGACAACUUCCAAGUGCAUCCUUUAAGUCAACAACAGAAGUUAUUUUUUACCCUUUCGCUGCACUGAGAAGUCCUGUGCUAAUGCAAAUCAACUUAUUUUUUCAGAAUUCAAACUUGUUUUGAGUUUUAUAGGCCAGGAUAUUUUACAUCUCCAUCGCCAGGAAUUUGACUGGUACUCUCUAACUUUCAAUGUACUGAGUAAGUCAUGUAGACACAAACUGCAAAUUGAGUGAUGUAGUGAAUACAUCAAAGAGGCAGUGGAGGGGUGAAGCAGUACCACUUUCCAUUCACAAUCCACAACCAAAUAAUGGACUUGUUGUCAUUGGUGGAGAUUUAAGCUGUAUGGGUACAAGUAAAUGUAUUAGCAUAAAUCAUAUUCUUGCAUUAGCAUGCAUACCAAAAUUAUGUAAAACAAGAAAAGAUUUUGAUUCUACCAAAGUUUCAACCCAAAAAAAAAAGACCACAUAAGGAUACAUAAUUUCUUGUGCUAGCUGAUGGAAUAAUUUUGUGGGAAUGACAUGUGAUUACUCUAAGC